CCCUCCGGUCCAGACUCAGAAAACCCAAACCCACCUCCAUUAUUCAUCCUCAUUCAUCCUUCCCCAACAGAGAGAGAGAGAGAGAGAAAAUCAAAUCUUUCCCCCAAUCCAAUCCAAUUCAAAAACCUUGAUCAAUCAGAGAAUUCACAGCUCCAUAUGGGUUUGUCCCUCUCGCUGCUCCACUCAGCCUGGGAAGAAAUCGUCCGCCAAAGCUUCCUCGCCCUCGCCCACAACAACUUCUCCCUCACCCCCAAAACAGAGCCCAACAACAAUGUCUCCUCCAAGUUCACCAGAACCGCCAGCAUCAAGCUCAACCUCUGCCGGCCGCUGAGGAUCAAGCUCCAGAAGAAGGCAGAGGGGGGAGAUGACGAAUCGGCCGUGGCAAAGGCGCCGCCGCUGCCGUCGCCGGCGAUCAUGUUCUCCCCGAAGCCGGCGAGCGAGCUGGAGGACGCGGCGGUGAAGCUGCAGAAGUUCUACAAGAGCUACAGGACGCGGCGGAACCUGGCGGAUUGCGCGGUGGUGGUGGAGGAGCUGUGGUGGAAGGCGCUGGAUUUCGCGGCGCUCCGGCGGAGCUCUGUUUCCUUCUUCGACGACCGCAAGCCCGAGACCGCGGUUUCGCGAUGGGCCCGGGCCCGUACCCGCGCCGCCAAGGUCGGGAAAGGCCUGUCGAAGGACGACAAGGCCCAGAAGCUCGCCCUGCAGCACUGGCUCGAAGCGAUUGAUCCGAGGCAUCGGUACGGUCACAACCUCCACUUCUAUUACGAUCUGUGGUUCAAGUGCGAGAGCUGCCAGCCUUUCUUCUACUGGUUGGAUGUCGGAGACGGCAAAGAAGUAAACCUGGAGAAAUGUCCGAGGUCGCUUCUUCAACGGCAGUGCAUCCGGUACCUUGGACCGAAAGAGAGGGAGGAAUACGAAGUCACGGUGGAAGAAGGGAAGUUGGUGUACAGAGGCACCGGCGAGCCGGUGGAGACGACGGAGGGUUCGAAGUGGAUCUUUGUGCUUAGCACCUCCAGGGUGUUGUACGUGGGACAGAAAAAGAAGGGGGUUUUCCAGCACUCCAGCUUCCUCGCCGGCGGCGCCACCUCCGCCGCCGGCCGCCUCGUUGCUCGCCACGGCGUCCUCCAGGCAAUAUGGCCGUACAGUGGACAUUACCACCCUACGGAAGAAAACUUCAGGGAAUUCAUAAGCUUCCUCCAGGAGCAUAAUGUCGAUCUUGCCGAUGUUAAGAGGUACGCCGUGGAUGAUGACACCGAGUACAAAGUCAACGGAGAAGGAGGAUUGGUACAGCCGUCGAAUUCAACGGCUGGACUAACAGAAGACGCGUCGCCGCCGCCGUCAUCGUCAUCGGACGAUGCGAAUUCAACAGUAGAAAAUACUACUGUAGCCGCGACGGUCAAGAAGGUGGAAGAGGAAGAAGAAGGCAGGACGGACACGCCGCCGCCGGCGUUUGACUUGGGGAAGGCCAACCGGCUGUCCUGCAAGUGGAGUACGGGAGCCGGGCCCCGGAUCGGGUGCGUGCGGGACUACCCAACGCAGCUGCAGUUCAGGGCGCUGGAGCAGGUCAACCUGUCUCCCAGGCUGGCUCCCGCCAACUUUGGGCCCAUUCCGUCUCCCAGGCCCAGCCCGAAGAUCAAGCUCUCUCCCAGGCUUUCCUACAUGGGCCUCCCUAGCCCAAGGACCCCAACAAUUACGGUCGCUAAUUGAAGAGUUUUAUAGUCGAUCAAUUAAAUUUAUUUCAGUCUUACCACGCAAGUUAGGUUAAAUUAUAGGUGGAAAGAAAUACACAACUAGGUAGAAAUAGGACUUAACAUGAAAUUCAUAUUCAUAUUUCUCUUGCUUUUGGUUGUGGGGCACAUAUUUGUGUUCCUUAAUCCUUUUCCUUGUUUAUUUGUUUAAUUUAUUAUUUCUUUAUUCAUCAUAGUGGGGUUCUUUUUCCAGCUCACCCAAUUUAGGGACCUGAUUGUCACAUUGUAAUUGUGAACUAUAAUAAAAAUCC